AUGAUAUUUUAUUGCCCCCCCCACCAAUGUCCGAACAGCAGUAGCAUCAACAUCAUCCACAUUCACAUUAAAACCGACCAAAAGCACCGACAGGGACGCUUCACCCAGUUUAAGGACCUCCUACCACUAGGGGGCCAGAGCUCAAGCUCGACGCCACCGAGCUCCAGCUCGAAUCGGAAUCAGACCCUACCAUCCACGUCGUCGUCGCUGGGCAGCCCCAAUCUGAGCUUCCACAGCGAGGAGCUGCUCCUGGAUUUGGAGACCGGCGAGGAGUUCCAUGAGCCGUACAGGUAG